CGCAUACACAUCAGAUCGAUCAGGAUGAGCACUUCUUCCAUGGCCUUUCAAUUAGGAGCUUCUUCCUCUUUCUCAUUCUCUUCUUCUUCCAUUCCUAGGUGGACUCACGACGUAUUCUUGAGUUUUAGAGGUGAGGAUAUUCGUCAAAACUUUAUUUCUCAUCUCUACGAAGCUUUGCAUCAAAGGGGAAUUAACACUUACAUGGACAACAAUAUCGAAAGAGGAGAGGAAAUUUCGCCAGAACUUUUCAAAGCAAUUGAAGGAUCAAUGAUUUCUAUCGUUGUACUCUCUAAGAACUAUUCAGAUUCCAGAUGGUGUUUAGAUGAACUAUUGAAGAUCAUUGAGUGUAAGGAAACGGUGAAACAAAUUCAUGUUUUACCCCUGUUUUACAAUGUAGAUCCGUCGGAUGUACGACAUCAAAAAGGGAGUUUCGGAGAAGCAUUCUCUAGAGUUGAACAUAAGUUCGAGGCUGAUACAGUAAAGCUUACAAAGUGGAAGGCAGCUUUAGAAGAAAUAGCUAAUUUGACCGGAUUCAAAUUAGGGGACAGGAAUGAAUCAGAGUUUAUUCAGGAUAUCAUUAAAUGGGUGGACUCAAAAAUGGUAGGUCGUACACGUCUUAAAGUUGCUAAGUAUCCAGUUGGAAUAGAGUCUCGUGUACGAGAUAUUUAUGCACGUUUAAAUAUGGGAAGGAGUGAUAUUAUAUGCAUGGUAGGGAUAUUUGGAACCGGUGGAAUCGGUAAGACAACUAUUUCAAAAGCGAUCCAUAACAGGAUUUCUGAUCAAUUUGAAGGAAUUUAUUUCUUGAAAAACAUUAGAGAAACUACAAAAGCAGGAGGUCUGAUCCAGCUACAAAAGACACUUCUUUAUGAUAUUUUGGGAAUAAGAUCGGAAUUUCAUGAUACUGACAAAGGCAUCAAUGUAAUUAGGCAUAGACUUUGCUCUAAAAAGGUUCUCCUAAUUCUUGAUGAUGUGGAUGACUUAGUCCAAAUAGAAACAUUAGCUGGAGCCCAUGAUUGGUUUGGUCCAGGAAGCAGAAUAAUCAUAACAACAAGAGAUCAACACUUACUAAAUAAUCCUGCAGUUGAUUCAAAAUAUGAGGUUAUGAUUUUGGAUAAUAAUGAAGCUCUUUAGCUGUUUAGCUUGCAUGCUUUCGGGAGAGAUGAACCAUUUGGCAAUUAUGUGGACCUUUCUAAAGUAGUAAUAAA